GUUAUUUAAUCAUUUUCUAUGUAUUUUAUUACAUUGGUUUGUUAUUGGAGUAGAUAGAUAGAUUAAAUAGUGAUGCAUUUUCUUGUUCUAUCGAUAGAGAUAUGAAGAAUUUUCAUAUGGUUUCGUUUUGUUUUUUGAAACUAUUUGCUAAUAAAAACAAAACAACUAAACAAAUUUAAUUUGAUUAUAAUUAUGCAUGUUUUUCUUUUAGAAGAAAAAAAAGACAAUGGCUUCAUCUCGUUUAUUUAAUAAUAUUUUAUUUCGAUAGAAGAAUUGGUAUUGGUUUAGCUAUUGUUGGUGGUGUGAUUAGUUGUAUGCUUUAUAAUGUUGAUGAUGGUCAUCGAGAUGUUAUUUUUGAUCAUUUUCAAGGUGUUAAACUAGAUGUUAUUGAAGAAGGAACUCAUUUUAUAAUUCCAUGGCUUCAUAGAGCAAUUAUAUUUGAUAUUCGUACACGACCACGAUCUGUUCCAUCAAUAACAGAAAUAAAAGAUUUACAAACAAUUAAUAUAACAUUAGAUUAUGAAGAACGUGUUUUACCAUCGAUUAUUAAUGAAGUUUUAAAAUCUGUUUCUCAGUUUGAUGCUAUUGAAUUGAUUACACAACGUACACCUAUUUCUCAAUGUGUUAGUGAAUUAUUAACAGAACAUGCUGCUCAAUUUGGUUUAUUACUUGAUGAUAUUUCAGUUACACAUUUAAGUUUUAGACCUGAAUUUACAAGUGCUGUUGAAUUAAAACAAAUUGCACAACAAGAUGUUGAAAAACAACGAUUUUUAGUCGAAAAAACUGAACAAAGUCGUCAAGCAAAUGUUAUUGCAGCAGAAGGUGAUGCUCG